CAGAAAACUUUUUAGAUAUUCCACUUAAGGGAAAUCUGUCUGUGCUUUUCACUUUGGCUAAUGUCUCAUUUAGACCUAAGUUUCUAAACUUUUCUUGGGAAAAUAAGCAUUCUUUAAUCUCCUCUCUUCUGAAUUGUAGAAAUCAGAUAAAAUUGCAUAGUAAAAUGACCUCUUGUGACUUCACUGAAGAACCUAUAAAAAAGAUCGCCAUCUUUGGAGGAACUCAUGGAAAUGAGCUAACAGGAGUAUUUCUAGUUAAGCACUGGCUAGAGAAUGGUGCUGAAAUUCAGAGAACAGGUUUGGAAGUGAAACCCUUUAUUACCAACCCAAGAGCAGUGGAGAAGUGUACCAGAUACAUUGACUGUGACCUGAAUCGUGCUUUUGACCUUGAAAAUCUUGGCAAAAAAGUUUCUGAAGAUUUGCCAUAUGAAGUGAGAAGGGCUCAAGAAAUAAAUCAUUUAUUUGGUCCGAAAAAUAGUGAAAAUUCCUAUGACAUUAUUUUUGACCUUCAUAACACUACUUCUAACAUGGGAUGUACUCUUAUUCUUGAAGAUUCCAGGAAUGAUUUUUUAAUUCAGAUGUUUCAUUAUAUUAAGACUUCUUUGGCUCCAUUACCUUGCUAUGUAUAUCUUAUUGAACAUCCUUCCCUCAAAUAUGCAACUACUCGUUCUAUAGCCAAGCAUCCUGUUGGUAUAGAAGUUGGUCCCCAGCCUCAAGGUGUUCUGAGAGCUGAUAUUUUGGAUCAAAUGAGAAAAAUGAUUAAAUAUGCUCUUGAUUUUAUACACAAUUUUAAUGAAGGAAAAGAAUUUCCUCCGUGUUCUGUUGAGGUAUAUAAAAUAAUGGACAAGGUCGAUUAUCCCAGGAAUGAAAGUGGAGAGAUUGCUGCCCUCAUCCACCCAAAUCUGCAGGAUCAAGACUGGAAACCAUUGCACCCUGGAGAUCCUGUGUUUGUGACUAUUGAUGGAAAGACUAUUCCACUGGGCGGAGACUGUACUGUGUACCCUGUAUUUGUGAAUGAGGCCGCUUAUUAUGAAAAGAAAGAAGCUUUUGCAAAGACGACUAAACUAACACUCAAUGCAAAAAGUAUUUGCUAUGCUUCCCACUAGAAAUCACUGCUAGCUCACUUAUUAUAGGGUAUCUUGAAAAGCCCUACAACUCUGUAAUUUCCUCAAGAGCAGGAUUGUGCCCUUUCACAUCCGUCCACAUAGCACCUAGCCCAGACUCUUGUGCAGUAAGCGUCCAGACCAGUCUCUUAAAGCAAAGAAUAAAUUAACGAGUGUCUUCUAAAAGCAUCAUACUCUAUGUACAUAGCUUUCCAAAGAAGUCUGCUUCAUAUUUCAACCCAUUUUGGUAGUUUAACGUUCUUCAUAAACAACCUUCAUAAACAAAUAUAAAAUUGAAAAAAAUACUAUAUGGAAGUUAUCAACUUGAACACAAAAUGAAACAGAGUAUUUCAUGUUUGUUUUAAGUAAUAUGUAAGUACUCUGGAAACUAAUGGCUUUGGCUUGCUAUUUUUUGCAAUUUUCAUAUCUAAUGACUAUAUUAAAUAUACAGUCUAUAAACUUCUAACAAUACUUGGGAUACCUAUAGGAGAUUUUAAAAUAAUCUUCUAUAGGUGACAUGUCCAAGAAAAAUUAGGACUACAUCAAGAAACUCGGUAUCUCACAUGCCCCUUGAGAAGCUACUAUCUCUAACCAUCCUUCUCAAGGUGGAAAAUUUGGAAAAGGCAUAUUUCUAACAGCUGUCACUUGUCAUUUUGAAAGGACUCGCUCACCCUAAUCGUCAACUGAAGUUGAGGAGUCACUGAACUCUAGUAACCACUAUCAAUUAGAGAGAGCUGUGGGUGCCAGUGGAGACAUGGCCCAGACUCAUGGCUCUAGUUUGCAAAUAAGAGCUUUCAUGAAGCUUUCUUAAGUGUUGAAACUCCUGGCUUCCCAUGCUUCUUCUCCUCAAAUACCUGCAGCUGAAACCUGCCCAUGCCCUCUCUCAUCCUCUAAAAUGACCUCCUUCUGCCUCUAUGGCAACAGAAGUCAAGGAAGGAGUGUUUUUUGCCCCAAGAAAUGGAACCAGUGUAUUGUUCAUGAAUUCCAAUGUGUUUAUCAAAAAUACUAACAUUAUCUGGAAAUAUAUGCAUGUAUUUCAUUCUUCUAGGGUAAAUGACCUUAAGCCAAUUUCAAUCCAUAGUCAAUGUUAAAUAGAACACAAUUAAAUGCUUUAUAAAUUUUAAGCAUCUAUUUUGUGCAUUAUGGAAUUAUUUUGUUAGAAUAAACACUUUUUUCUGAA